CGCUCCAGAGGGAGUUUCUCUCCCAAAAAUACUUAUGAGUAACAUUUAAAUUAGAAAAAACUGAAAUCGCUGGUCAUUGCUAAAUAACUGGAAGCUUAAGCCUCAAAAUGUGUGCAGAUUUGAAUAGGAACAGCUUCCAGUUUCAGUGCCAAGUUCACCAAAAUGCUUUUAAUAAGCUGAAAUUCACAAUAGGAGUAGAAGUUUGAGGGUUAGUACUAUUUUUAAAUAGCAGCUGAUUACAUCAUAACCUGCCAAAUGACAGUUUAAACGUCUUCAAUCUAACCGUGAGAAGUUGCAAGGGCUCAAAGGAAAACAGAAAUCUCAACAUAUAAAGCCACAUAGCUCCGUUGGGGUUCAAUGAUGACUAAAGGGAACUUACGCGUUUCUGGACUGGAAAACAAUUUUAAAUUUUAAAUCAUUUGUGGGGAAUAAAUUCUUCAGGAGCCAAAACAACUUUUGGUGUGUAACUUAAAUAUAUUUAUUUUAAUCUUGGUUUAAUAGGAAAUUACAGAUGUGAUUUAAAAAGUAAAAACAUCAAAUCAACUCUGGAAUUAUGAACGUAUAAACCAAAAUGUGUAUAUUCUGUAUGAAUAGGUUGUUUGGCUAAUAAACCAACAGGAAGGAACAAAAACCUUUGGUAGGCCAAAUAUAUUCCACUCUUCUUUGAUGGAAAACAUUGUAAAGUCCUCAACCCUGAACUUGACAUCUUCUUCAACAGGAGGCAAGCAACGAGUCAAAACUCGCAGGGGACGCCGAACCGCCAAGAGAAAAGGCUCCACACAGAGCCUGGAGGAGCUGGCAAUUAUCGUGGAGGUGCUGGAGGAGGACCUCAGGACUGGCAGCAUCUGCCACUCCCCGCCACCUCUUAUGUCCUCUACAACUGGCUAUAACAGUGAUGAUUCUGAUGAGAUGAUCCCCAGCCCCCAGUCCUACAUGAGCUACUCCCCCCUCCCAAUGGACUACCAGCAUAACUUGUCCCCUGAUGGCGUCAUGCACACCAGCCUCCAGCCUUCCAGCAUGGGAAACUUUGGAAGAAGAGAGGAGUGUGUCGACCCUCAGAACCACGACUGGAACCUGAACAACUCCUCUUACUUCCUGGCUCAGCUUAAGAAAGAGGAGAGCCAGCUCAUGGACGUCUCAAACGCCGUACUGCUCGCUCCCGAUGAACACGGCAGGACAGCUUUCCAUAAAGUGGUAUGCGUCGGGAAGAGGGCGCUAGGCUACGCUAUCGCAAAGAGGAUGGCUGCGCUCAACAGCCUGGACCUAAAAGACUCUGAUGGAAUGACCGCCCUGCUCCAUGCAGCAAAGCACAACCAGCACCUGAUGGUGGCAGAUCUGAUCCGACUCGGGGCCAACGUUAAUGAGACCAACAACCUAGGAAAGACCUGCCUGCACCUCAGUGCUGAGAAAGGCUACAUCAGAGUCCUGGAGGUUCUAAAACACACAAUGAUGGAUGGUGUGUAUGUCGACGUCGAAGCCACUGAUAGCUACGAAAUGAGCGUCAUCCAGUGCGCUUCUGUGGCUCUGAAGGCCACCGUACGUCAGCUAAAUAGCAGCAUGACCCCGAGUCAAAGCAGACUCCAAAUGCUGCGCCAGGAGCAGAUGAUGGAGACGCUGGAGUGUCUGCUGCAGAUGUGCAGCUACCUUCAUACCAUGGUAGGACACUCUGUUAGAUACCAUCAUGGUCUCUUUCAUUAGCUUCUAUUUUUGCAUGCAUAUUAAUAGUGACUAAAGCUGGGAUUUCUACACAGCUGCAGAUAAAGACUAGGCCACACUAACAUUAGUUUUAUAUUUUAAAUCUAAAAUCCCAAAAAAUGUUAAGAAUGUUGUGAAAACCAUUAAUGGUU